UUAUGUAGUGAGUGUUUGAUUAAAAAAGUGUAAUAAAAAAAAAAAUGGCUCGUACAAAACAAACAGCCCGUAAAUCGACUGGUGGUAAAGCCCCACGUAAACAAUUGGCAACCAAAGCAGCUCGUAAAAGUGCUCCUGCAACUGGUGGUGUUAAGAAACCUCAUCGUUAUCGUCCCGGUACAGUGGCAUUACGUGAAAUUCGUCGUUACCAAAAAAGUACAGAACUAUUAAUCCGCAAAUUACCAUUUCAACGUUUAGUACGAGAAAUUGCUCAAGAUUUCAAAACAGAUUUACGUUUCCAAAGUUCUGCUGUUAUGGCUCUACAAGAAGCAAGUGAAGCAUAUUUGGUCGGUUUGUUUGAGGAUACAAAUUUGUGCGCCAUUCACGCAAAGCGUGUCACAAUUAUGCCAAAAGAUAUU